AUGGAUUUUUUUUUCCAGUACAUUGAUCCGCGUGAUUCCGAGAAAUUGUCGCAAGCUGAAUUGGUUGUAAUCGAUGAAGCAGCAGCUAUCCCACUUCCAAUUGUCAAGAAGCUAAUCUCCGGACCAUAUCUUGUUUUCCUGGCCUCGACAAUUAAUGGUUAUGAAGGAACCGGUCGUUCUCUCUCGUUAAAAUUACUUCAGCAACUCCGUGAACAAGCGGCUGGUUUGCUGAAAAAUGACAAGGGUGAUCAAAUAAUGGCACCUGUGAAAGGUUUAGCAUUUUUUUUUCGUCUAAGGCUGAAUUUUAGUAUUUUUUCGUCUAAGGUUGAAGCUUGGUUGAAUCGUGUGUUAUGCUUGAAUGCCUGUGAUGCACAUCGUUUGGUAUCCGGAAUGCCGCCGCCCAAAGAUUGCGAAUUAUUAUACGUUAAUCGCGACACACUGUUUUCAUUCCACAAAGCGUCAGAAACAUUUCUGCACAGUAUUAUGGCCAUAUACGUUUCGGCACAUUACAAAAACUCGCCCAACGAUCUGCAGAUGCUAUCGGACGCACCAGCGCAUCAUUUAUUUGUUUUGGUCGGGCCACUCAGUGACACACAGGCACAGCUUCCUGAGGUCUUAGCAGUAAUACAAAUUGCGAUGGAGGGAGCACUUUCUUCGUCAACAGUAUCGGAUAAUAUGAAACGAGGGAGAAGGGCAGCUGGUGAUUUGCUUCCGUGGACAAUAUCUCAACAGUUUAUGGCAAGGCCAGAAAAGCCAAAAAAUCGUUUAAUUGGCCCUACUGAUUUGCGCAUAUGUUCAUUGGAUUUUGAUAAAAAUAUUAUGUUUCAGGAUAAAGAUUUUCCAACUCUUUGUGGAGCUCGAAUUGUACGGAUAGCGGUUCAUCCCGAUUUCCAGUCACUAGGCUAUGGUUCCAGAGCACUUGAGCUUCUCCAGGAAUAUUUCCAAGGCGUCGUGCCAUGCCUGAAAGAAGAUCAAGAAGAAUUUGAAAGAAAAGCCAGAGCGAAACAGAUUGAAAAUCCUGAAUCGUUGGUGCUUUUGGAAGAGGUGGUUGAACCACGAACUGAUUUGCCACCACUUUUGCAUCGGCUGAGUGAACGGCGUGCUGAAAAGCUGGAUUAUCUCGGUGUUUCAUUUGGCUUGUGUGUACCUUUGCUGAAAUUUUGGAAACGAGCCGGCUUUGUACCGGUCUAUGUCAGGCAAUCAGCGAAUGAUCUCACUGGUGAACAUACAUGUAUUAUGCUGAAAUAUAUGAAUCAAGGUAGUUUUUUGAAGGUUCGGUGCUUCAUGAUUUCCCCGAAAAUGUGUUCAGUUGAAAUUUGA